UGGCGACGGCGGCGAAGGUUGUGGUGGCGAGUAUGAAGAAGUCGAUUCCCGCCGGCGAUCUCUCUCACCAUCUCGAAAGAAUGCCUCGUUUUCCUCUUUACAAGCUUUCCGGUCCUCCUCCUCCGCCUCCUUCUCGCUUCCAGAGAAAGCUUAUGGAGGUAUCGGAUGGUUUGGAUGCUCCCUCCUCUAUCGGGGAUGGUGUGGUGGAGAUCCCGGGUGAUCGCGAUUGCAUCCUGAGCCAAGAUUUUUUCUGUACUCCGGAUUAUGUAACUCCUGAAAUACCAAAUAAUUUGAAACAGAAUAAGGAGAACAUUGCUUGCCCAAAAUCCCCCGAAAAAUCUGUUAGGAACAAGAGGCAUAAGCAAGUUUGUUCUCCACCCAAUUCACAAUCCACCAGCAUUCAACUCCAUGAAGAGGAUGCUGAACUCAAGUUUGACGAAUUUGGCUUCGAAGAUCUUAAUGAAUGCAAGUCGGUAGGACCUGCUUUGGAAAAGAAACAACGAUUUGUUUCUCAAUCUGCAGUAGCAUUGCGGUGCCGAGCCAUGCCACCUCCGUGCAUCAAGAAUCCAUAUAUAAUUGAGAAUUCAUCAAUCGAACUCGAUGUUUUCGGGGACCGGAUUGCAAAAGUUACGGGUUUUUCUCCAUCAAUUGGUGGUGCACGCUACCGCACUGAUUUCCAUGAAGUCGAGCAAAUUGGCAGUGGAAAUUUCAGCAAUGUUUUCAAAGCGUUAAAGAGAAUAGAUGGUUGCCUUUACGCUGUGAAGCAUAGUAUAAAACAAUUCCGUAAUGACAUGGAAAGGAGGUUUGCUUUGCGGGAAGUUCAAGCUCUGGCAGCCUUAGGUCAUCAUGCAAAUAUUGUUGGAUAUCAUACUUCCUGGUUUGAAAAUGAUAAACUCUAUAUUCAAAUGGAACUUUGUGAACACAGCCUAUCCAAAGGCUGCAUACGUAAGAGUGGAGAUGUAUUUGAAGUUUUGUACCAGAUGUCUACAGCACUGAAUUUUAUGCACUGCCAAGGCAUAGCUCAUAUGGAUGUGAAGCCUGAGAAUAUUUAUGUGAAGCAUUGUGUUUAUAAGCUUGGAGAUUUUGGCUGCGCAAUUCUUACUGAUAAGAGUCUGCCUAUUGAAGAAGGAGACUCCCGCUAUAUGCCUCAGGAAAUACUGAAUGAUAAAUAUGAGCAUCUUGAUAAAGUUGAUAUAUUUUCUCUUGGAGCAGCCAUUUAUGAACUUAUUAAAGGUUCUCCCCUUCCUGAAUCUGGUUCUCUCUUCUGUAAUCUUAGAGAGGGAAAGAUCCCUUUGCUUCCUGGGUAUUCUAUGCAAUUUCAGAAUGUGCUGAAGGCUAUGAUGGAUCCUGAUCCAGUGAAGAGACCUUCUGCAAGAGAGAUAAUGGAGAAUCCCAUCUUUGAGAGGAUAAGGAAAACUAAAUCAAGAAAGGAGUAACAAUAUUGUUAAUUCUGUUCUGAAAUUUGGGGAGCUGAGGUUGGAAGAAUAAAUUUCAGGUAUUAAUUGUAUUUUUUUGCUAAUUAUUCAGCUACCAUUUUUAUGGUAUUGUAAAGAUGCUCAGUAAUUAAGUUUUAACUUAUGAGCAGUGGAGCAUUGCAUUGAGGCAUCCUAAUCUUUAGAGGUUUAUGGAGCAGCUUUGAUUUUUGUAAAAUUGACCGUUGGAACGCUUUUUGUAUUAGGGUUCCUGUUUGGAUGAAAUGAGGAAUAUGAUUCGGGUUUUGAAAA